UAAAAAGUAACAAUACAUUAACUCAUCCAGUAGACUCUCUGUAAAUAAUAGUUAUAAAACUUAUUGUUGUUUUAAAAAGUUUAAAACUUUUUACGCGGACUUAAACUUUUGAAAUUAGUAUUAGUGAACUAUCUGGCUUGUUGGUGAUGUGAAAUGGGUUGGCAUCGCAAGCAGGUCCGCACGGUGCCGCGGCCGCUGGUGAGCUGGUGCGCCUGGGCAUGCGCGUUGCUCGCCGCCGCCGCGAGCGCUCAUGCAGAUGUCGACACCUCAACGGGCCUUGGAGACAACACACUGACUAAUUCAGUGGUGGAGGAGCCGGAGUUCACGGACGUGAUUCAGAACAUGACGGUGCCGGCCGGGCGAAGCGUGCGUCUAGCUUGCUCUGUCAAAAACCUCGGCUCUUACAAGGUAGCAUGGAUGCACUUCGAGCAAAGUGCAAUAUUGACCGUGCACAACCACGUCAUCACGCGCAACCCGCGCGUUAGCGUCACGCACGACAAGCACCGCACGUGGUUCCUGCACAUCUCGGACGUGCGCGAGGAGGACCGCGGCCGCUACAUGUGCCAGAUCAACACGGUCACGGCUAAAACGCAGUUCGGAUACUUGCACGUUGUAGUUCCACCGACGAUAGACGACUCUCUAAGUUCGAGCGACGUGAUUGUCCGAGAGGGCGCGAACGUCACCUUGACGUGCCGUGCUAAUGGCUCUCCUAAGCCCACCAUCAAGUGGAAGCGGGACGACAAUUCAAAAAUCUCCAUCACAAAAGGACAUUCUGUGGCCGACUGGGAAGGUGAAGUGCUGGAUAUGGCGCGUAUUUCACGUUUGGACAUGGGCGCGUACUUGUGCAUCGCGAGUAAUGGCGUUCCACCUACCGUGUCCAAAAGGGUUAAAGUCAGCGUUGAUUUCCCCCCAAUGUUAUGGAUUCCUCACCAGCUGGUCGGGGCGCCUCUUUAUUAUAACGUAACCCUGGAAUGCUUCACCGAGGCGCAUCCCACGUCUCUGAAUUACUGGACCCGUGACGACGGCCACAUGAUUCAUGAGAGCUCCAAGUAUCAUAUGGAAAAUACACUCGGCGUUCCGGCUUACAAAACCCAUAUGAGGCUGUUAAUCAGACAUAUUACUACUGAAGAUUAUGGAACAUAUAAAUGCGUGGCCAAAAAUCCGCGGGGAGAGUCGGAUGGAACGAUAAGGCUAUAUACUUCGUCACCGCCGACCACCACGCCCGACCCCCGGGCCGCGACCGUCCCGCCGCCGUCCAAGCCACCACGCAAAGACACGCCGGUACUAGAUAAAGGUACAAAGUAUCAGUCCAACCUGAACGAGAUCGACAAGGGCAAGCAGAAGCCCGACGAGGGCGGUGGGAAGUCUCAUCUCAACUGGGUCGGGGGCGCAUCGCAAGUCACAGGUUAUGCUGAUUGGCGGAGGAGUCAAGCAUGGAUUCUAAUUUUGUUAGUAGUACUACCUUAUUUUUAAUUAGUUAAUUACCUUUGAACCAUUUAAUUUUUUGCUGGAAUUUCCGUAUUUAAGCUAGUUAUAAUUAUAACGAUUAUUUUGUACAGUUAAUUGGACUAAACCGAAUGAUAUACCUACUUGAAUUUUCAUAAAAAAAGAUUGCUGCAGUUAACCCAUGGAAAACCCCGAGCUUAACUUUUUUCAAAUGCAUUUAUAUACUACACCUUCCUACAUAGC